CUGAAGCGGCUACUCCGGCUGUAGAAAAAGAAAAUGUGCUUUCGCACGUAGAUGAGUAAAGGGAACCCCCUGAAGCUAGUGCCUAGCUAGCAAAGUGUGGGAACAUGGAAGAUGACGAGAUCGCUGAAAGCUGGGAAGACGCUGCCGAUACUGGGGAAAUGGAGAGACGGUUAGAGGAGAAACUACGCAUCAGUCAAAAAGAGAGACUCUCGAGUGGGAGUUCCAGUCGCUCACCAAUAAAGACUAUCAUGAUCCAAGACGACUCCCUUCCAGCUGCACCACCUCCACAGAUCCGAAUUUUAAAACGACCCACCAGCAACGGAUCCUUGGGGCCGUCCGUAACACAGAGCCGACCUUCACCACAAGUGAAGUCUUUAGCUCAGAGGGAGGCGGAAUAUGCCGAAGCCAGGAAACGGAUCCUAGGCAGUGCCGAUGACACACCUCAGGAGAGACCCACGUCAGAGAGGUCACCACGUGCAGGAAGCCAUACGCCUUCAGAGGAUACGAGAUCAAACAACCAUGUAGUUCGGCAGCCAGCAGGUCCAGAUGGUACACAAGGCUUUCGCCAGCGCAGAUAGGAGUAACGGAGGCCUGGGAGAAAAGGAGAGCUUUCGGUCGAUCUCCUAACAAACGGUUCAAAUUUGGAUAAUUUUUAAAACAAUAUUUAGGAUGUGGGAUGUUUAUGAAAUGAGAAGAAGAAAACCUCAUCCUUACCCAUCAGGUCUCCUGAGCCAGUGUGGAAUAUAAAAGGGGAGGAAAUAUAACAUGGAAGAGCAAAUUUACACUGUGACUUCCAGAUACUGCUCACUGUGAUCCCUCUCCUCCCUCCAAAAUAAACACUUAAUCACUUUCCCUCUACACCUUAACUUACUGUGACUGGUGAUCCGUCUGCCAACGGACAGCUUUUGACCUUGAAGCAGUCUCGAGAUCAACCAUGGCCCGUCUUUGAGGAAGACUUUUGGAGCAUUGUGUGAUGCCACAUUAGGCGUUGGCUGUGCUGGAGGUGUUGUAAGAUGUUGCACAGGUCACCAGCUCUUAGCAAUAAUAUUAAGGAUAUUUCUUUCAUUUUUCAGUUAGUUUCUUUUCCAGCUCUUCCCAAGCUUUUGUAUUAGUUAUGUUUGGUCUAUUUCGUUUUAACCUUGUCAGAUAAAUGCCAUACAUUUUUAAUGGGGAAGGGAAUGGUGAGGGGUUUUGUGGAAACAAGUCUCUUAAGUUUUGUUUACAGUUAUUAUUGUUAUUAUUAUUAUUAUUAUUAAUAAUAAUAAUAAUACUAUUAUUUUAAUCUUGGGUCUUCCUAUGGCUGUUCUGGUUUCUACAUAAAGGAAAUGAAGAAUAAAAACAAAAAACUAAUAGAGGAAAAAAAUUUCUGCCUUUUUAUAUUUUUUGGGAAAGUAGGAAUAUUCAACUUUUAUCAGUUAAAAAUGAAGAGAAAUGUAAAUGCUUGUGGUGCUGGUGCGAAUCACUGGGAGAUGUGCAAAAGGGAAGGUAUUGCUGGUUCCUUUUUUUCCUUCUUUUCUCUUGUAUCUGCUGAUAAUUAUUAGUUUAUUUGUUGAAGUAGAAACUCAGGACACUGACGGAAUCAAAUAUCUAUUAAUUAGCUUUUAAAUUAGCGGUGGUGCAUGUCACCUCGACCUGGAGUACCGGAGAAAUGAUUUAACUUUAAAAAUAUAUAUAUAUUUUUUAAAGAAAAUUAGACCAUGCACAAAACUAUUGGUUCACUAAAGUGUUAGUGCUGUAUUUCAACAAACAAUAAGCACCAUAUUAGUACAUUGCAUCUCUCUCUCUCUCUCACACACACACACACUCAAUGCUGUCAUCCUUUGUUUAAAAAAUAAUGUUGUAUGAGAAUAUGCCCUUUAAUCUGUGCAAAUGUCCAACUGUUCUACUGUAUCAGACGAACCAGAGCGAUUUAUCAUGAGCUGUGUGCGAACAUGGACACCUACUUGUAAAUACUUUACAAAAUGCCCAUUUAAUAAAGACUUUUUAAAAUA